AUGAAAGAUAGAAUCUUUUACAAGGUUUUUGAUACUCUAUUACUUUAUAGAGAGUGUAAAGAAAUAAUAUCAAUUAAAUAAGUAAAUGAUUAAAAUAUGCUUGAGAAUCUAUAGAAAUUUAACAAAUUAGAUCAACAAAUUAAAGAAAUAGGAUUAUAGCAUAAAAGUGAUAUAAAAUAAUUAUCUGAAAUAAAUAAAAGUUAUAGUUCUGACAUUCUAAGAACAAAAUAAGCAGAAAUUGAAAAAAUAAAAGUACUAAAAGAAUAAGAUAUUUAAAAAAAUUAAGAUAAACAUAAUAAACUUGAAUUUGAAUUAAAUUAGAUUGCGAUUUCAUUUAUGACUCAAAAUUAGAAAUUAUAUUAUUAUAAGAUUACAAUGAAAUAUUAAAAAGAAAUUAAAGAAUUACAAAAGAAAAUAAAUUAAGAAAAAUUCUUUAAAUUUGCAAUGGCAAACCUAAUGUUAAUAAUUAAACACUUAAUUUUUAAUAAAAACAAAAAAUACAGUAGUAAAUAUAUAUUUAAAAUACAGAUAUAUUUUCAUAAUAAGGAAAUCUUUAAAUUUAAAUUGAAAUCUAUAAACAUUAUUUAGUCUAUCAACUUUCGUCACAAUCUCAAGUUUCUAUAAAUUUAGCAAAUUGUGCCAAAAAAUCUUAAUAGGUUUUAUGUUCAUAUCAAUCAUGAAAAAUUUAUUUAACAAGUCUAUAACAAUGGCAAUAGAUGGUAUUUAAACAAGAGAUUGUAGAUUAGAAAUAAGAAAAAUUUCAAUAUUAGAAACAUUUGUAUAAUAAUUAUUUCUUGAUUAUUAGGGUGUUUAAGGAAAGAUUAAAAUUUACAAUCAUCAUUUGAAAUCGUUAAAAAAAAGCUAUAUAUUAUUUUUAAGAAGUAAGAUUAUAGCUAAAUGCACAAUAAAAGAAAAUUUUAAAUUGUUCCAUACUUAUUCUUCGACUAUCAUAAACUCAAUAAUUUAAUCUAUACGAAAAUCUUAGAAAAAGUCUAAGAAAAUAAUAAAUAGACAAGGGUAAUCAGAAACCUUAAAAAUUAAUGGAUAGUGUCAAGCACUUUCAAAUGCUAUUAUAUAAUCUAAUAAAGUUUUCCCAAAAUUAAAUAAUUGAUUUUCAAAUUAAGAUAUAGAUGUCAUAGAGACCAUACUUAAACAUCAAUAGCUGCUAAAAAACUGUAACACACAUGUAAGAAGACUGAGGGUACAGUAACCAUUAACUUGAAUUUCAUGCAUUUGAUGAAAUUCUAAAUAACAGUAAUAGUUGAGUGCGGUGAAUAGUUUAUGGUUAAGUUUAUUUCUAAAUCUGAUAAAUUAGGCUUCUGUUCGAUAAUUCUUUUAUUUAAAAAGUUAAGGAAAUAUUCCACUUUUGUUGGAUCAAUUAUCAUUAUUUGA